CUCCAGUCCUUAUUCAUGACGGGAUACCAAUUCCGAUCGUUCUCCCAUUUUAAACAUCUUUUCAAGUUAUGUAAAUUACGUUUGUAUGGUGAAUUAAAGAAGCAUCCCGAGUCUUGUGAAUUCCCACCAAACCUCAUCAAGCUCACCUUGAGAGACUCCCAUUUAAGGCAAUACCCACUUGCUAUGUUGGAGAAGCUGAAAAACCUUCGCAUUCUCAAAUUGCUGGAAUAUUCGUUCGUUGGAGUGGAAAUGGCUUGUUCUGCACAAGGGUUUCCUCGACUUGAAUACUUACUUCUUGAACGGUUAUAUCAAUUAAAGGAGUGGAGGGUGGAGGAAGGCUCGAUGCCAUGUCUUUUACAUUUGCGGAUCAGUUACUGCCAACAAUUGAAGAAGCUUCCUGAAGAAAUUGGAGCUGCGGUACAUGUCCAAAGAAUUCAAUUUCUCGCGGCAGCUGGUGCACAUAUCCUCUGUUCAUUCAGUCCGGGUCAGCAGAAUCAGUAUCUGGUUUUGAUAUUGCAGCCAAGCUUCCAUUCCUAUCAGUGUACUUCAGCAGCAGCUACCUGUCUUUGCUGCUCCCAGCAUGCGUGGAGCCCUUUUCAUCAAUGGAUUGAGCCUGCUCUGUUUUUUAAUGGGAGACCCGCUCUGUCCACUCAUGUUCUGCUGGUUCUCGAUCCUGAUGAUAGGAGGGUCUGUCACUUUCCUUCUCUUCUUUCUCCGAUGAGAGCUUGUAGUUGGUUCUGUGCUGAAGCAGUUUAUAUUGUAAUUGCUGCAGUUCUUUUUAAACUUGCAAAAAGAACUCAAGAGAAGGAAAGUUCUGAUCUGAAUUUCUUUCCUGUGAGAGAAAAGGGUGACGAAAAAAUGACCAUUGUAGAGUUCGUUGUCACGUUCCUUCUCCAAAAACUCAGUGACCAGCUCAUUCAAGAAGUCAUUUUCAUACAUGGGGUUCGCGAUCAAGUUGAAUGGCUCCAGGCAGAAUUUAGGCGGAUGCAAUGCUUCUUGAAAGACGCAGACGUCAAACAAGAAACAGAUGAAAGAGUGAAGAAUUGGGUCCGGGACGUGAGAGAUGUUGCAUAUGAUGCUGAAGAUCUCAUCGACAACUUCAUUUUCAAGAUAGAGACGUUGAGGCCGAGAGGAUUUGUUGGCCACAUUAGCAGGUAUGCUUUCUUCUGCAAUGAGUGGAUAGUUCUCUACAAGGUGGGGUCGGAUAUUGAAUCGAUAAAAAAUAAAAUCCGUUCUAUCUCCGAAAGUAGGUCGACUUAUGGAAUUGAAAAUAUAGGCCAGGGAGCAGGAACAAGCUCCGCCAGUCCCAGCCUCCAAGAAUGGAGGCUCACUUCUCCUCUUUCUCAAGAACCAGAUUUUGUUGGUUUUGAGAAAGAUUUGGAGAUAUUGGUGUACAGAUUGACAGAAAGCGAGCUGCGUCGUUGUGUUGUUUCUGUAGUUGGAAUGGGUGGUCUCGGUAAAACGACGCUUGCCAAGAAAGUUUAUAACGAUGCCCAUGUCGAGAAACAUUUUUACUCUCGUGCUUGGAUUUCUAUAUCACAAGAGUAUGGUUUGAGAGAUCUUCUUCAGAACAUCAUAAAUUGUUAUAUGGUGUUCUCAGAAGAGGAGCUCAAGAAAAUGAAUGUCUUUCAGCUGAGGCAUAAAAUUUCAGAGUAUUUGCAAAAUAAGAGAUACCUGAUGGUAUUAGAUGAUAUAUGGACAAACCAAGCAUGGGAUGAUCUUAAGGAUGCUUUCCCUGAUAUGAAUAAUGGAAGUAGGAUCAUGCUCACCACCCGUAAAAAAGACGUAGCUUUACAUGCAGAUGUGCGAAGUGUACCGUAUGAAUUACGAUUUUUGGAAGCAGAUGAGAGCUGGGAAUUGUUCGGUAGGAAAACAUUCUCAAGACAAGAUAUUGUCUGUCCUCGUGAUUUGGAGGAGUUGGGAAGAGAGAUUGUGAAAAAAUGCCAUGGUCUACCUCUUGCCAUCGUAGUCAUUGGAGGGCUCUUAUCAAGAAAAGAACCAUGGGAAUGGGAGCAUGUGCUAAAGAGCAUUAGCUGGCAAUUUAUUCAUGGGGAAGUCGAAAUCUUCAAGAUAUUAUCUUUCAGCUAUAAAGAUCUGCCUUAUCACUUGAAACCAUGUUUUCUCUACUCAGGCAUUUUUCCAGAAGACUAUGAAUUCAGUGCUAAGAAACUGAUUCGAUUGUGGGCCGCGGAAGGGUUCCUACAACAGAGAGGGGAUGAAAACGUAGAGGAGGUAGGAGAAGAUUGUCUAAAAGAGUUGAUUCAACGAAGUAUGAUUCAACUCGCUAAAAGAAGUUCAAGUGGGGGUAUUAAAAGCUGCCAUAUUCAUGAUCUUCUGCGCGAUCUUUCCGUAUCAGAAGCAAAGCAAGAUAAGUUUCUUCAAGUUCAUGGUGAGAAUGUGAAUGCUCUAUCCACAUCUACCGCCCGUCGACUUGCAAUUCACCAUAAUGCCUUAAGUGAGUACACUUCCUUGAAAUCAUCCACUCCACGCCCUCGAUCUGUGUUGAUCCACACCCAAGUCGAUGCAAGGCUCGAAAGGAAACAAGAGAAGUUUCUUUACAAAGGCUUUAAAUUGCUGAGGGUGUUAGAUCUUCACAAUGUAGCAAUCAAAAAGCUACCGAGUGAGAUAGGUGCAUUGAUCCACUUGAGGUACCUUGGGUUUACUAGCACUUGGUUAGAAAGGCUUCCAUCAUCGAUAGGAAAUCUUCGCAAUUUACAAACAUUGAUUCUAACAUCUUUUCAUAACAUCAAAGUACCCAGCACAAUAGAGAAAAUGCAAGAAUUACGACAUUUCCAUGUGAAGAGCGCAGGUAAUGAGGCUUUUAAUGUAAGUUGGGGUGUGAUAGAAGGGUAUCCGCGACUCAACCAGAUUAGCAAUCUCCACACUCUAACACAUGUAAAGGCUGGAAAAUGGAUGGAGGGUUGCUUGGGAAAGCUCACAAAUCUCAGAAAAUUAGGAAUACGUUUAGAUUCUGAAGGAGAGUAUGAUAGAGUAUUUUUUGAAUCCGUUGUGAAAUUGGAGUUCCUGCAGUCCUUAUUUGUGACAGGAUCGAAAUUCCCAUCGUUGGUGCUUUUCCAAAGUCUUCUCAAGUUAAUUAAAUUGCGGUUGCAUGGAGAAUUAGAGAAGCUUCCUGAAUCUUCUGAAUUCCCGGAAAAUCUCACCAAGCUCACCAUGAGAGACUCCCAUUUAAAGCAAGACCCACUGGUGAUGUUGGAGAAGCUGGAAAACCUUCGCAUUCUCAAAUUGCUGGAAUAUUCGUAUGAUGGAAAGGAAAUGGUUUGUGCUACACAAGGGUUUCCUCGACUCGAAUACUUACAUCUUGAACGGUUAUAUCAAUUGAAGGAGUGGAGAGUGGAGGAAGGAUCGAUGCCAAGUCUUUUACAUUUACGGAUCGAUUGCUGCCAGGAAUUGAAGAUGCUUCCGGAAGGACUGCAGCAUGUGAAUACCCUCAAGAAAUUGGAGUUGUUGAACAUGCCCAAUGACUUCAUUGAAAGGCUUCGAGGAGAAGACGGAGGAGAGGAUUCUUAUAAGAUUCAGCACAUACCCUCCAUCAACAUAUGCUAGAGGGCAACAUUCUAAGCACUCGGACUUUCUCUCGUGAGCUACAUUGGGCAUUGAUCAACAUAUUAGGAGCUUCUAUCUGUAAGAUUUUAUUUUUUUUUAGCAUCUUCCAUCCAUGGGAGAGCCUAUACUAUCAAAGUUUGGAUCUCAUGCACUAGGAACUUGUACUUCCUGUUUCAUCCAUGAUUAGUUUUUAAGGUUAGGUAUAUACUUCAAUUUAUUUUAUAGAUUUGGCAACUAAAUUCUAGCAUAUAACGUUUAGGUUUUAAUCACAAAUUUGAUUUCCAAACAUUUUUUUCACAGCAAAGAUCGUGGUGACCUGCACGUGCAAAGUGACUAAACGAAGUGAAGAAUAGUGGAUUGGUGACUACAUGGUGAUGAGAUGUUUGGAUGAUAUUUUCUAAUUGUAUCUUGAGGAUUUAUGUAUUUUUGUUACAAAUCUUUUAAUAUGGUACCAUGUGCUACUAUUCAUUAUAUGUUUUGUACUUCAAUUCACACAAACGGUCACUUAAUGUUUGAUUUAUUCACUGUAUGCACUGUUUUCCUGUAAUAUGUUAGUUGAAAAUUGAAAUAGAAUGCAAUUUUUGUACA